AUGCUCCCUGUUUCUGUCUUCUGCGAUCUGAACGAGGGACACGGUGGGAGACCGUCCCACUGCCCUUUCAGGAAGCGACGAAGACUGUCCUGUAAAAAGGUGACGAGCCCAGGCCCAGGGACGAGCCACGUGACUCCGUCUAAUUGCUGUAACCGUCCUAAGCCGUCGCGAGGAGCCGCGCAGACGUGCCACUUCGCGGGCGAGAAAGUGAGAAACAGUGCCAGAGGCGACGUGAUUUGCCCGAAGUCGGCAACUUCCUGGAACUGGAAACCAAUCGGAAGACUUCCGCGUCGCUGCUCUUUCCGCUGUGCUCAGGUUACUCAGCGCCUCGGGACCCGGUUUUUGAAAAGGAAAGGAGAGGCCGGCCCGGGAGCGCCCCUGAAGGAAAUGUUCUUCGGACUCGGAUAUUUUCCUCGAAGUGGGAUUACUGGGUUGAAGAGUAAGCGCAUAGUUAAGUCUCUUGAUUCGGAGUCCCUCCAGCAGGGCCAGACCUCCAGCUUGAAGCUUUCCAUCCCUCCAGGACAGAGUCGGCCUUCACAGCCCUGGGUUAAAGGGUUUUACAGCUUCUGGGCCCUGUUGGCCUCUCCAUCACACACCUCCACCCACGUGAGCCACUCUGCUCUGGCCGCACUGAAUUUCAGCUGCCGGCCACCACACCUGCCAUUCCCAACUCUCUCCCUCCCCUCCUGCCUAGAACAGCAGUCCGCUGUUCACUUUACAGGUCUCAGCUCAGACGGUAUGACAGGCAGCCUCUAAGCUGGCCCCACUGAUCCCUGCCUCCUCCUGUUCAUGCCCUUGGGAUUCUGAAGAACAGAAUGUGGCAGAAGCUGCUGUGUUGCAAACUGCCCUGUGAUGAGGGCCACGUGACAAGGAACAGAGGGAAGCCUCCAACCAAGAGCCUGUGGGGGAACCGAAUCCUGUCGGCAACCACGUGACUGAGCUUGGCAUCGGGUCCUCCCCCAGCUGAGUCCUCAGAUGAGUUGGCAGCCCCAGCGGUCAGCGUUAACCUGCGACCUCCUCCUCCAAGACCUUCAGCCCUGAGGCAGCCAGUUAGGGCAAGCCUGGAUUCCUGACCCAAAGAAACUGUGAGAUAAUAAAUGUUUGUUGUUUUAAGCA